CGCGCGCGCGCACGAGCGCGUGCUAGCUCGCUCGCUCGCGCCCCCUCCCCAGGGCCCGGCGAAGCAACCCGCUCGCGAGCCCCAGGGCGGGCAGGCGCGCGUCCCUGCUGACGUCAUUGAGGCCGGCGAGCCUGUGCGGUGUGGGCUAGAACCCCUGGCGCACUCGCGCACUCCGCUUUUUUCCUUCCCUCCCCCCUCCCUCUCAUCCCCCCCUCCCUUCCAGGCUCUCUUUUCCCCUUCUUUUUUUUUUCCCUCUCCUCUCUUCUCUCUCCUCUCGCUCUCUCUCUCUCUCUCCAUUAGGAUCCACUGAACGAUGCGAUCUCUGGGAGCCAGCGCUGUCGCCGCCGCCACCGCCCGCUAGAAACCUUUCCCCCCUUCCCCCCUUCCCCACAGCUUGCAAAGCCCCCCAAAGAAGAGGGAAAAGGGGAAAAAAAAGAAGAAAGAGAAGGGGAGGGGAUGCAAUACUAAUCACCAUCCUAAUAAUCCUCUCUAGCCGAAGGAUCCACCCUGCCCCCCAUCCCCAUCCCUAUCCCCACCCUCCUCCGACUCCCGGCUCCAUCCAGAGCUUCUCCCUUUAUUUUAAUUUUUAAUUUUUAAAAAAAUAAUCCUCGGUGUCCGCAGCCCAGCUCUGCUGCUGCUGCUGUUGUUGCUGCUGCUGUUGCUGCUGCUUCCCCUGCCGCUGCCGCUGCUCCGGGUCCCCGGCGGUGGUUGCUUCUUUUCGGAUGCGUUGCUUGCAAGCAGCGGAGAGAGACCUGCAGCCCUGUCUCUAGAACUCCCACCCACAGCCCCGACCCCAACCCCGAGUCCAGCCUCCUCCUGCAGGUGACGGGAAAAGGUGGCAGUAGCCUGAAAUCCACCUUGCGAAUUUUUGGGGGGAGGGGCUGCAUUUUUUGUCUAUUUGCGGGAGUUGAUCUCUUUUCAAAAGAAAAAAAAAUACAAGAAGGAAGGAAAGAAAAUUAGCGAUUUUUUAAAGGACAGAAAUAAAUAUUUCUGGGGGGGUGGGGGGGUCAAGCAGAGCAGGGGAACCGUGCCAGCCGAGGCGUGCGGGCUGUUUUGAGUGUCACGAUGGGAUGUACAUUGAGCGCAGAGGAGAGAGCCGCCUUGGAGAGGAGCAAAGCGAUUGAGAAAAACCUCAAAGAGGAUGGCAUCAGCGCCGCCAAAGACGUGAAAUUACUCUUGCUGGGGGCUGGAGAAUCAGGCAAAAGCACCAUUGUGAAGCAGAUGAAGAUUAUUCAUGAAGAUGGUUUCUCUGGAGAAGACGUGAAGCAGUAUAAGCCUGUGGUCUAUAGCAACACUAUCCAAUCCCUGGCAGCUAUUGUCCGUGCCAUGGACACCUUGGGCAUUGAAUAUGGUGACAAGGAACGAAGGGCUGAUGCCAAGAUGGUGUGUGAUGUGGUAAGUCGGAUGGAAGACACAGAGCCCUUCUCUCCGGAGCUGCUCUCCGCCAUGAUGAGACUCUGGGCAGACUCUGGAAUCCAGGAAUGUUUCAACCGUUCCCGAGAAUAUCAGCUUAAUGACUCUGCCAAAUACUACCUAGACAGCUUAGAUCGAAUUGGAGCCGGGGACUACCAGCCCACGGAGCAAGACAUCCUCCGAACCAGGGUCAAAACCACCGGCAUUGUAGAAACCCACUUCACAUUCAAAAACCUCCACUUCAGGCUGUUUGAUGUCGGGGGCCAGAGGUCUGAACGUAAGAAGUGGAUCCACUGCUUUGAGGACGUCACAGCAAUCAUCUUCUGUGUCGCGCUGAGCGGUUACGACCAGGUGCUCCAUGAAGACGAAACCACGAACCGUAUGCACGAGUCCCUCAAGCUGUUUGACAGCAUCUGCAACAACAAGUGGUUCACAGAUACAUCCAUCAUCCUCUUCCUGAACAAGAAGGACAUCUUUGAAGAGAAAAUUAAGACGUCUCCACUGACCAUCUGCUUUCCAGAAUACACAGGCCCCAAUUCCUUCACUGAAGCAGUGACCUACAUCCAGUCCCAGUACGAGAACAAGAACAAGUCAACCAACAAGGAGAUCUACACACAUAUCACUUGCGCCACCGACACCAAUAACAUCCAAUUUGUUUUUGAUGCCGUGACGGAUGUCAUCAUCGCCAACAACCUUCGUGGCUGUGGACUCUACUGAGCCCCUCGUCCCCCAGCCUCUCCCUGAGACCUCCCCAGCCCUUUACAGUCUCCCUGGUUCCCUUUUCUUUCUUUCCUUGGAGUAAGAGCAUCUAUACCAUUCACAUUACUCUUCCUCCAACAGAAGGAAGAAUAGUGGGGCUGAGAGAACGGAAGGAGAAAAUUCCUUCCUGUCCCAACCCUGCCACUCAUUUCCAGUCGCCUCAUGUCCACAUCCCUCCCUAAGCCUUAGGUGUUCAGAUUUAGGAAUGGCAGCCAGGAUUUGUGGUAACUGAUGGCAGGGCUCUGGUGCCAGAAUAGUGUGGGAUGAGGAAGGAUUGAAAAGGAGACAAGCAAUGAAUCCAUUCAUCUGCCUCCCAAGCUCACUUUUCUUAGAUUUAUCCAUUGAAAUGUGCAUUGCAAGGGUAGACUCUUUGGGGCUUCCCAUUGGAAGGACCCUGGUUCCUCCACUGCUGUUCUUGGCUUCUGGUUCUUCUUCAGUCUGCUGCAGCUGUGAGGAACUCCUGAGACAGGGUCUAGCCUAAGCAGACAUCGCUGUGGUGGGGAGUUCUUCCUAGCUGCAUCACAGCUGGUCCCUGUGUUUGGAGAAAGAAAGGGUCAGUCCCUGUUGGGGAUAUUGACAGAAAGCAGAAGCACCCAUUCUGCUUUUUGUUCAUAUCUCUCCCCAGCACUGGUACCAAAGCCCAGGAGGGGCCGGCCUUCCUGGAGUCGGUCAGAGCAUUAGGCAAAGUGUUCAGGGGCUUAAGCCGGGCCUCUGUCCCAACCUCAUUUCUCCCUCCUCCUCUAGCAAGAACAAAUGCUAUAGAUUCCUACCCAGGCCUUCGGGCUCUUGUCCAUUUGUUCUCCAGGGGAUUGUGCCAGCCUUACAGUUAGUUUUCUGUAACCAACCUGCUUCCUCCUCUGGGCAGAAUCAUCCACACUGACAGCCCCUAAUGAAAAAGGGAAGAUGGAAGGGGGAGAGAACAAGACAAACCUGUGCAAAAUAUCAGGGCUUUACUGACUCUCUUGUACUGCCUUCUUUCCUUCCAUGGUACAACAUCCUGGGAGGCUCCAUGGAGUUCAUCCUAUAGCAGCUAUAAAUGUGGAGGGGUCAUGGGGUAGAGUCCAAAAGCUACAAAGUUGGGGGAAGAUGGGAACCAAGGGUAAGGGCAAGAAAAAGGACUGAGUGUCUACUUAAAAAAGCAAAGGCAGAGGGGCAGCUGGAUAGCUCAGUGGAUGGAGAGCCAGGCCUAGAGACAGGAGGUCCUGGGUUAAAAUGUGACCUUAGACACUUCCCAGCUGUGUGACCCUGGGCAAGUCACUUGACCCCCAUUGCCUAGCCCUUACCGCUCUUCUGCCUUGAAACCAAUACACAGUAUUGGCUCCAAGACAGAAGGUAAGGGUUUAAAAAAAAAAAGGCGAAGGACCCAGAAGGGAUUUCAGUGGCAGCUCCAAGUUUUCUGGCCAUUUUUCAAGUAGUGUUAAUAAAGCCCAGAGGGAGCAAUGCUCUUCUCUGAGAUUGGUUUCUCCCCUCAUCCUAUUCCUAGGUAAGUGGCUCAUAGGGUCUUAAGACACUCUAGGAAGAGGAGAGAAAUGAAAUCAUCUUGAAAUAGUGAUUCAUGAAAGUGUUCUGGGCAGCUGUUGGCAGUGGCCUCCAAGGGAUAGGUGCUCUAUACUCCUGUAGGGGCAUAUGGACCUCCUCUGUGCCCAGCCAAGAUUCCUGGAGAGAGCCUCACACCCCGCCUCCAUCAUCCUACAGUUGUCAUGGAAACCAAUGAAUUAAUUACCGAUCUUUCCAGGCUUCCGUUGGAUAAGAGAUGGAAAGGGAGGAGGAUUGAGAGAAGGCAGGGUUCAGAAUCCAUACAGAAUUAUCCCAACAGCUGGAAGGAAAAGAGCAUCUACCUGAGUUGAGAUGUAAAGUAUUCUAAUAAGUACCCAGAAAAGAUGCAACAGCUCUCAACUCUCCUGAAGAAAAGAAUUGAUCCUCCUUUUUUCACUCAGCCAAAUAGUCAGGAACCGGGAUCUAGGGGCUGGGAGACUUCAUCUAUCUCGGGAUUUCUUCAACUAUCUGAGGGUGGAAUCCCACCCCCUGACCCGGACACACCUCAGAAAGUGGCUUCAGUAGAAGGUUGGGAGCUUAGUGAGGAGAGCAUUGGCAAUGAACGUGUCCCUGUAGGUGAUGGGAUGGGCAGUCAACUCUUGGCCAUGGAUGUAUCUUCCAUGUUCUCUAGUCCAAGUUUCUGUGUCACUGAUGCAGUGGAGCCCUAAUGGGGCCAGCUAACAGCAUUGGACCAGAAGACCCGGAGGUUGGAUUUUGGCUCUUCUGGGUGGUCGCGAUUGGUGGCUGUAUGUUGUAAGUGAUCUGGCUAUGUCACUGAGCAAUUUUAUACCAUAUUCCCAACCUUCCUGCUAAUGUAGAAACACCAACAACUAGCCCUUUGGGAGAAAUAUUCCACUCACAUCCUCUCUUCCAGGAUCCAAAAGCUUGGGUUUUGCCCUUUGUAUGAUUUUUUAGCACUUGUUUCUGGAGGAAGAGUAGCCCGAGAAAAAGCCCCAGAGAACCAGGAAUGCUCUUUCCAAGUGGCCUCUGUAUUGGCCAUUCCUGUGGCCUUACUGGUCUGGUCUGGAAAUAGUAAAAAGAGGAGCAACAAAGAGGCAGUGACUAUGGGUCAGUGGGUAGCUACCUCAGUGCCAAAAUGCCAAUGGGGCUGUUAGCUAAUAGGAGUUAUUUCUCAAUAUUACACACACACACACACACACACACACCACUCCCUUUCUCCUCCACCUCUGUGUCUUGCUUGUCUGAACCCCUAGACACAAAACAGUGAAGAGAGUUAACAUUUAAUGGGUUCCAAAAGUUACUUUCCCUCCCCACCUCCCCCAAACUUCUGUCACUAGCAAUCAGUAUUGCUUUGCUCAUUUUGUCAUGGACCAUCUGAGUGGCAUUUAUAAAGGCCUCUCUGGUGUUGUAGGACAACCUUUGGCAUAUUUAAGAGCAGGUGGGAGAAGACAAUGGGCAGCCAGUUCCCUUAGCAUCUCACCUCCAUGCCAUUGUCCAUCAUCCUUAAGCUCAUGAGAGCCCUGAAAUAGCAGCAUGGCAUAGGGGAAAGAAGGGUAAAUCUAAUCCAGAGACCUAGCUUCUGCUCUUGGUUUCUCCAAGGCAAGCACCACCUUGCUGCAUGGCCCUUCCCUUCUCUUGGUCUCAAUGUCCUCAUUGGUAAAAUGAGGUGACUAGACUAAAGUGAUCCAUAAGUCCCUUUUUGGCCCUGAUCUUGUAUCGGUUCAGUGUGGUAGAUAGAGGGCCAACCUUGGGGGUCAGAGAAACUAGGAUUCAAGUCUCACCUCUGACAUAUGCUAGCCAUGGGCCAGCCAUUUAACCAAGGACAGCCCCAGGAAUUUCCCCUCUAAGAUUAAAUUACAGAUAAAUUUCCAUAUGUAAAAUACCAACAAAUCAUGGCUUUCUCUCCAAUUCCUUUCCUAACCUACCUGGGUGGGCAUUCUUAUCAUGAACAUUUCCAACAAGCCCCUCAUUUGGAGAUAUAGGAAAGAGCUCCAGUUCCAGAGUGAGGAACCCUGGUUUGGAACCUCCACCCCUGGGGCUUCCUCCCUCUGUGUGACCUUCCUGCAAGGUCUCAACCUUCUCUGGAUCUCAGUGCCUCACCUGGAAAAUGAGGCCAGAUCAGAUGGUCUCUAUGGGCCCUCCUUCCUCCUUCCUAUGAUCUAGUCUCCCUUUUCAGCGUCAUUUCAUUUCUUCUUGUUAUAACUUCCAUGACACCCCCACUUCCCCUCUACUCCUGAGCCCACCCAGCCCAAACUCCCAUAGGAAAAGGUGUCUAGUGCCUGUCAGAUAGCCUGGCUUUGUUUCCCAGGACACAAACACCCACUUAAUAACUCAGUAAUUACCCCCCUCACCACAGACGAUAUAAUUACACACUCUGGCCUGGAAGGAAUAAUGACAGUGGUGCUCGGUUAUUUCUGUCAUCGAAAUCCGUGUAAUCACAAGAGCCACCGAAAAACACCAUGCAGCCUGGAACUAGCCCUAGGAGCCAGUAUUCCCCAAUGUUCUGUACCUAGGGCUCCCUGAACGGACUGGUCCUGGAAUUACCUGAUAGUUAGUAGCAUGGGGUCCUCCCAACUUCAUGGUAGUGACAUUUUAUGAAGACAGAUUAGCCAUCACUUCCCCUACUCUGGUUCAGGGGCUGAACAACAAAAGUCAAGAUUUGUCCUAUGUCACUCUCAUUCCCCCAAAGGGAUAAAUCGUUCCAGGAUGCUCCCCUCCUGUGGGGAUUGGUGGUUUUCAGAAGAGAGGAGUCUGGAGAGGUCAAUUCUUAUGUAACUGAAGGAAUAAUAAUGGUGGCAUUUCAGGUCCCACAUAGGUUAGUAGAAUAAGGGGAAUAUUUUUUGGUCAGGGAGACCUUUGAAGUCAGUGGUAUGCUGAAUUCGGGUACUACAAGAUUGUUAAAUUUUCAUUGGGAGCAAGUCACACCUCAGAAAUCUGCAAAUGCUACAAAUCAGGACUUGAUUUAUUUUUCUUUUGAUUGUCUAGACUUGAGAAAGUGAUGGAGAAAAUGUGGAUUAUUCAGAUUAAACUUCAAAGCGUCUCCUGUGAACAUUUUCUAAAAUUGAAGAGCUGAUUGUUAAACAUUUAGUAGUAUACCCUGGUUAGUGGAAUUCCUCAGGAGUUCAUUAAACUUGGGGGGGGGGGGCUCAGUUUUCUCCUUUGUUAAAUGAGGGGGUUAGUCUAGAAAAUCUCUUAAGGCCCCUUCCAGCUCUAGGUCAAUGAUUCUAUGAUCCAUGGCAUCAGAUAGCUCUCCAUCUGUUUGAUCUAGUUGGCCCCUAACAUGGCAUUAGAGAAGGAACAUCUCCAGUCAAAAGCAUUCUGGUCUAGAGUAAGAGGACCAGACAAACCCCAUCUGUGAUGUUUAUUCCCUAGGUAGCCAUGGGAUAGUCACAACCUCUCUGAAUCUCAGUUUCUUCAUUUGUAGAGUAAGGGGGUAGACUCGUUGACCACAAAGAUCCUUUUUAACUAUAGGUCUAUGUUCCUAUGAGAUAUCAAUUCACAUUAACUAUGAGGCCAAGUCACUUGAUUCAAGAAACAAGUCACUUGUUUUCUCAACUGAUAAAGAAAGGUUGAAGUAGGUGACCACUAAAGGUUGGCACUGGUUGGUUUUGAUCAAGUUCCUUGACCCAGGGAUGCUAGCUCAUCUGUAUGGGUUUCCUUUAGGAAUAUUUGAUUGAAACGCUAUUGUUUGGGAGAGAGAAAGGCGAGGGAAUAAGACAGAUGUGUUCUGGAGCCAAUUCAUACCAGCAAGUCGAUUGUUACAUUUUUAGAAUGAGCAUUUACAUGGCAAAUGUAAAUAGGCUCCAUUUAUUGUUUUGUUGAUUGUCUAGACUUAAGAAAGCGUUGGAGAAAUGUUUAUAAUGCAGAGCAAAACUAAAAGUGUGUUAUGCAUACUUUGGGGGGGGUUGAUUCCUGACACCCCAGAAAGAACUUGGAGAUUUACCUAGUUGUCAUGAGUAGGAAGGGAUUUGGAUGUCUUUAUCAAUAUCUUGAAAGCGUCUUUCUAAAUUGGAAUCUCAUGUCUUCUUAGGCCACUCUCAUCUCUUACCCUUCACUUUCCCACCCAUGACCAGGAAAGGAAAAUAGGCAAAACCAUCGCCUUUUAAAAUCAGCUUCUCCUGACCAAUGCCUCCUGGCCACAUUGCUCUUAAAGCUGGAGGUUGCCUGUGGAAGGAGGUUAGUUUUCUGUCCAGUGUGGAGUGAGUGACACCUGAGCUCUAAGCUGAGAGAGUCCCCAAAGCUGUGAAAUGGGGGUUCAGGAGUGAGCUGAACUCCGUGGGCGCCCACUUACAGGGCUUUUGGAAAUCAGGUCUUCGGCACUGGGGAUGAAGACCAAAUCAGCCCCAGAAAUCAGUAAGCUUGGGUUAGUUGUCUAGCCUUACAGACGGAACAGAAUAGGUAAAUCAAUGGGAGCUGGCAGAUGAGAGGUUGAAAGACAGUGAAAGGAAGAUGGAAGCUAAGGAAUGCAAUUGACCUGUAGUUUGCGAAGGUUUUUAGUAGCGCCACCUCUCCCAGUGACCCCAGCUCUAUCAAGAUCCUUUCCCUCUCUCCGCACAUCGCUUAUUGGACAAGUCCGAUUUGUGAACAAAGUUCAGAAUCCUUGGCAGAGAACAAGAGCUGACUGUAUCUCACCUUGAGGGGCCCCAGGCACCCUUCCUUCUCAUCGAAGGGGAUGAGCCAAUUCAACCUCCUCUUCUUGCCUUUCAGUAUGCCAAUCAAGGUAAAAAAAGGUCCAGACCCCUCAAGCCACCCCAACCCUGCACUGUAAGUCAAUCGUGUGGUUGCUUUCAGUUUGGGGCAAAUUCUCUGAUGUUCCUUAUCCACCUAUACCUGUGGGUGGUCAUGUUUCAUAGUGUGAAAUGGUUAACUGGUCUUGGGGGGAAAUCUAGAAGCUCCCAUUCUGUCAGAGAAUGAAUUCAUCUUUCUUCUGCCCUCCUCACUACCAUUGUUUAUCCCAUCCUUGGCCAUUUAGGGAGCACACCUGAGAGAAGGCUACUGAUUCUCUUUAGGGUCAGUGGGAACCCCAUGCUCUAGGAUCCCCUAAAAUUCAGGAAAUGCAUCAGCCUUGAAGCUAGCACCUCUUAUUCAUGCUGAGUGAUCUGAUAAAUUCUAAGAUUGUCUAAUAAUAGAAUGGAGAGUCCUUUAACAAGGAAGACCCCCAAAGUGGUCUCAUAGAGCCUCCUCAAAGUUCACCUCCCAAGUCAUCCAGAAUAGGUGUUGGAGAUCUUCAGGGUUAGUGAUUUCAGAGACUCCAAAUACAAUGAGGUAGUUCUAUCUAAGCCACUUCCUUGCUGCUGUCCAUCUCCUCUUAUUCUGUGCUGCUAAGUUGGUUAGCAUGUUCCAGAAAUAACCCAUCAUUUCCAUGAAUAUUGUUAUGAAGUCACUCCUUCCUCGUCUUCUUUCCUUCAGGCUAAAUAAUUCUAGGCCCCCAUAUCUUUUUGAGGAAGCAGGAAGAAACGGAGUUGGAGGUCUAGCUUUCCUGCUAUUUCUUUACUUUUCUGAUUCUUCAUAAAAUAAGGAUCCUCCAGCCCACAUCCUGGUCUCAUAGGAGGACAAGAGGCCAACACAAGAAAUUCAGAAUCCAAAUGCAAAGUUGCAGGGUGGGAGACAGUAUUGUAGAACUGCUUUGGAUUCUUGCAGGGACAGAAUGGAUCCCAAGUAUGUAAAGUGGACACUUUAGCAAGCACAUCCUGUCCCCAGGCCACCCAUUUCUCUGUGCUGGGGCCUUUGAAGGAGUUAAUCAUCCAGUGGAAAGGAGAAAAUUGUAGUCUAAAAGGAAUUAGACCCUUUCUUUCUAGAACAACUGAAAAGGAAGGAUGUGGAUGAGAAACAAAUGCUUAGCCUUGUUGGCAUAUCCAAGAAACUGAGUUUCUAGUUGCUCUUUGGCAUAUAGCCUUUGCCUCCCUGCCUCCAUAAAAGAAUUAGGAGUCUACUUAAUAACCAAACUUGAGGACUAGGUAGGUUGCUCAGUGGAUGGAGAGUCAGGCCUAGAGAUGGGAGGUACCAGGUUCAAAUAUGGCCUUAGACACUAGCUGUCAAACCUGGGGCAAGUCAGUUGACCCCAAUUGUCUAGCCUUUGUCUCCUGCUUUGGAGGGGAUACUUAGUAUUAAUUUUAAGAUGGAAGGUAAAGGAUUUAAACAAAUAAAUAAAUAUACUUGGGAAUUCCUUGCUACACAGGUUCCCCCCCCUACCCCCUUAGCUCUUAGAACACUUUCCACCUCACAAAAGGGACCAAUUGAAGGACCCUGAAACCUCAGAGGAGGCAGGGGAAUAGGAAUCAAAAUGUAUUCCAAAUCCCAAAGCUUUUCCCUUGGCCUGUUCUGUACACUAAUCCUAGCCUUAUAAUGAAUAAAAGAAAAGAAAGGAUGUGGCCAGGAGAGGGUUCCCUCUAAGAGGGAACCGUUCUCUCCUAUCCUCUCACCAAGAUCAGUCUUAACCUAAUCUCUUUCACUUUUCUCAGCAAGGGUUGGUAGCUCCAUUAACCCAUGACUCAGUUGGUUCCCGCCCAACUCCUCCCUGUCCCUCGUCCACUCUCCAUCUCUCUCUUCCUUGAAGAUCUGCUCUCAUUCUGGGCUUUCCUCCAUACUUUUCUCCUCCCCUGCUCAAUAGUGCAAUAAUAACUCUAGUGUGUCCAGAGGGAGAGUUUCUACCAUCUCACUCUUAGCUUCUUCCACUUAUUUUCCUACCCCUGGCCUUCCACACUCAGUCAAUGGACCGAGUGGACACAGUCCAUCUUCCCACCAGCAACACAAAAUGCCACCCAGCUGACUGAGUUUCCCUCCUGGUGUCUAUCUCAUUCUUUGGCAAAGCCUUCUCCCUUGGCUUCAGUCUUGCCUUGUCCCACCAGCCCCCUGCCCAGCCUGUAUUAACUGUAAUUUUGUAAGAAGAGUGACUUGGUUUAAUAAAUCCUUAGUUACUGUAAUAAUUUAUUGGCUGUCCGUAAUGUAUUUAUUAGUCCCCACAUGUUAAUAAAGUGCCAGCUCUUUCCUAGCGUGA